AUGUCAACUGAUGUAAUUCUGUGUUUGACGAUUUUGUUUUAAAAAUUAAAUAUAAUUUAAAUUACUUUACCUGACUUCAACCAUGAACAAUUACACCAAAUAUAUUUUGGCUUUUAUAUUAAUCACAGGACCAGGAUUGAUUGUGUCCGUGCAUGCUGCGUUAUGCGAUCCAAUGAUCGCCCCCUGUGGAGUGGGCAGUUGUAUGCCGUGCAAUUUGGGGAAAAAGGAACCCGUGGAACAAAACGACUGCACGGAUUCGAAUGGAUGUCCGGAAAUUACCAAAGUAAAAAUCGAACCACCUUUCGUGGAGUAUGCACCGUUGUAUCAACCAUCCGCUAAGUGUUUGUUAUGUUUCUGGAAAAUUAAUGGAUUUUUUUGGUACAAUAAUGUAUAAGCCACAGUAUUUAUUGUACAUUAACUUUAUAUUUACUCCAUAAUCUAUAAAUUAUAUAUUUUUUAUCAUCUUAAAUAUAUUCUUAAAUAUUAUAUUUUACACUAGAAUAAUGCUAGUAUAUUGUACUCACCUAUGUAAUAUGUAUUAAGAUUUAAGACUAAACAUACUACAUAGGUAACAAUUGACAAAGUAUGACAAUAUUUUUAUCAUUAAUAAAAUGUUAACACUACCGUAACUAUUAGACCUCAGCUGGCCGUAAACAUUUAAAUUUGGUUCUCGUAAUACUUAUUCGGCUACUCUUCCUCUUUCUCACUCAAGGCUGUGAGUCCAUUCUGUAUAGUCAACCUAAUGUUCUUCAAUUAUCAUAUUAAUAAGUAUACAAAUUAUUUUAAAUGCAAAAAAAAACGAAGAAACCAAAAUAUAAUUAAGAGAAAGACUCAGUAGUCGUUUAUUAUUGCGUAAUUAUCCAUUAUUAUUAUAAUGAAUAGAGAUCGAACUAAUUUUUCAACACUCACACAUUUAUUUAUUAUAUCACGCUUGUCUCAAUUUAUAUCAAUUCUAAUAAUAUCUUGCAAACCUUAAUUUAAUGAUCAAUACCAUUGUAUAUCACAAGAUAUCUUACAUCAUGCACUUUUGUGUACAGUUGCUAUUUUCACAUCAAAUCAAAAUAUUCACCUAAUUUGUUAUUAUUUUUUUGAAGUAGUGCUUUUAAAUCAGAUUUUAUUAUAUACAAAAAUUUGAUAACAUCCAAUAAUGGUCUAAUAGUGGAUAUAGUAUUCAAAAUAAUAUAUUAUUAGUAUUAAAUAUUAAAAUAUUGUUAUUAUUUUAUUUAUUUUUAUUAGUGCUAAUUUAGAAGCUUAGUUCCGAACCAUAUAGUUUAUUGUAAAAAAUAGGUGUAUAAAUAAGAUAUCUGUACAUUAUUUGCUUUUUGGAUGAGAUUCUAUGUUUUUAAUCUUACUUUAUGGCGAUAAUGAGCUUUUGGUUUUGGAAUUAUAAAUAAGUGAUUAUUGACUUAUUAAGUAUACCUACCUAUUAAUAUUUAUUUGAUGUAUCAUGUAUAAUGUAUAAUCAACUGCAGUGUUAGGAUUUAAAACCACUCUGUUGAUUUCUACACUAAAUUUAUUCAACUUUUAAUAACUUUUUCGUAAUACUGACAUUCAAAUAAUUAUUUAGGUUCAUAACCUUUUCAAAGUGGGAUAACCACCCUAAUAUUUUUGUUUUUCUGAAUUAUAUGGUUCAAAUAAGAUGAUAUACCUACCUUCAAGCCACCAUUGAGUCUGUAAAAUAUUAAAAUCAUAGAUCCCUUAAUUUCUAGUGCUUAAAUCUUUGGUCACUGACAUUUGCAAUAAAUGUAUUGCUUCAUUGGGCACACAAAUAAUUAUAUUAGCCCUUGUAGAACCUCUGGUGAACUUAAAAGUAACUAGAUGAUUGGUCAAAUACUCAAAUUUAAUAAAUUGAUAAUAUUUAUAUUUUUAAAUGAUUGUUACCAAUUUAUGGAUUAAUUGUUUGUACUAUUUGAUAGCAUAGACAUUUAUACAAAAAAAAAUGGAUAACUGUUGUUUAUUAUAGUGUUUUCAACUGAUUUCUUAAAAUAAUUUUUCAGAAACUAUUAAAAAAUCAACAUAGGUCUCAGCUCACCAAUUUAAAUUCACAACAUUGUUUGUAAAGUUAUACUCUUACAGUAUUUCAAUAAAUCUGAAAAGUCAUAUUUUACAACACUGCAGUAUUACACAUAAAAGCAAACAUGUUUAUAAUUACUAAGAAAGUAUAUGUUUAACAAUAUUAUUUAAGUUUUUUUUUUUUAGUAUUCCAGAUUUUGUAUUACCAUUUUUUA